AUGGAAUAUCGUGUUCUAGAUAUCACCAUAAUCAGUGCAGAAGGACUCAAGAACGUUAAUACGUUCUCCCAUAUGGAUGUUUACUUGGUGGCUUCCAUCUCCGGAGACCGAAACACCGAGCGCAGGACUCUCACGUCCGACAGGGGUGGCGGGAGCAGCCCCGAGUGGAACAACCGGAUGAAAUUCUCGGUGGCUGAAGCCGACUUGGCCACGCCGACAGAGCACUUUGUCCGGUUCGAUCUCCGGUCCAAGCGCUUUGUUCUUGGCGACCGAGACAUCGGCUACGUCUCCGUCCGCCUCCACGAACUCCUCGAGAACGCAGGCGACGGCGGAGAGCGUGUCGUGGUGCACAAGGUCCGUGACGCCGCCGGGAUGACUAAUAACGGUAGGCUCAAGUUCUCUUACAAGUUUGAUGAGAGGUUCUCUGCUCCACCGCCGGAUAAGUUUUAUCAGUCCCGCAGGGGCUGUGCGCCGCCUCCAGGGGUGGCGCCGCCACAUCGUCCGGCACGGUUGUACGUCUUUUCAAAGGAGACGGAGGCCAUAAAUUAUGGGGUUGAACAGAUGCAGAAGAAUAAAAAGCCUUUUGUCUGUCCGAGGAUUAUUUGCAAUGAUGGUGAGUUUGGGAAUUUUUAG